AUGGCAACGAUCGUAACUGAUGAUGAUUGGUUACGACUAAACAAAGAAGCAAUAAGCAAAGCCUUCACUGAUUAUACCUGGAUUGGAUUGUACAAUGAUGUCAAUAGCUGGCGUUGGUCCUUAAACGAGCUCCCACUGAAGAAUGUCACUUAUACAAACUGGUACACUGGACAGCCGGAUAAUUAUGCUGCAAAAGAAGCGUGUGGUAUAAUUUAUGCAUAUGGAACCUGGGCAGAUACAAUAUGUACAGGUCUGAGACCCUUUAUAUGCUACAAUGCUAAUUUCAGUGGUGCUGACAGGUUCAUCCGCAUCUCUAGUCCUUAUUUGUCCUGGACUGAUGCUCAGGCUUACUGUCGAUCACAUCACACAGACUUGGCCAGUGCUCUUAACAGUUCAGAUAACAACUUCCUGUUUCAGCUGAGGAAUAUCCAGGGUGAUUCCUGGAUUGGGCUCUACAGAGACACGUGGAAGUGGUCAGAUGGGACAAUCGCUACAAACCUACCAUGGGUUCCUGGAGAACCCAACAAUUAUUAUGGCAAUGAGAACUGUGCAUCACAUAUUAACAAAGUGUUCAAUGAUUAUUUAUGCGGCACACCAGCCUAUUUCUACUGUCACACCAUUCUACCAGUGAGGGAACAGCAGAUAUUGAGACUGCAGGUGAAGUCUGAUGGCAGUGUGUUAGAUCCUGCUGUACAGUCGUCUAUUUUAGAGCAGAUCAAGCAGAAACUGGCAGAAAAAGGCAUGUUGGAGAACACCACAGUGACCUGGAGGGUGCAGACAGAUGGAAACAUCUUCCAGAAGAAAAACAAGGAUGAUCUGUAAUGUCUAGGUCAGGGAUGUCACACUUAGAUACAGUCUGUCAGCAUUUUUGAGACAUUCUAAAAAGCUUUUAAAGUCUUUUUUGUUUUCACAUAUCUAAUAUAUUCCUUUAACUAACACCAAUAACUGACUCAGAAAAUAGAAUGUGUAUUUCUAUAGGAAAACGAAGGGCUAAUAGAAACUUUUAAAUGCCUGCUAGAGUUUACUAUAAAAGAAACUUGGAUCAGGAUUUAUAAUAUAAUAUGUAAAUUUCUAAAUUAUUAACAUGCUGUUAUUCAACCUCUGUAAAACUUCCAUAUAUUUACUACAGGGCAAAACUAUUAAUAUGGGCAGAUUUCUUAAUAAUAAAUCACAAGUUGGUGGGACUCAUACUUACUCAUUCAUCUGUACAGCUCAGAAAACUAGUCAUGAUUUUAUUUUGGAUUCUUCUUAAGUGCUCUGAAAUUCAUUUCUGGUCAUUCCACUGUCAGCAGAACAUAUAACCUGACCACCAGCUGUGGUAUUUUAUGGUAACUGCCUUCAGAUGACUUCACAAUGAGUCUGCUGUGAAUUCUGGAGUGUACCAUGAGCUUUUUUUUUACUUUCUUUUCAUACCAAAAUACCUGAUGCUGUGAGCUGGAUUUAGCCUUUAAACCUGAUGUUUGACACAUAUCGUCUAAAUGAUUUUUUUAUUAUUAUUUAAAAGACAACAUUUCAGCUUUACACCACUAGGGGGAGUAGUAAUGUCACCUAGCAAAGUAAACAGAAUUUUAGUCGGCAGUUUGUAACACACCCUUUUUGACUUCACCGCCUCAAAUGGCAGUUAUUUUACAGAAAAUAUUUAAUAUUUAACAUAUUUAACAUGAUGAUGAAGGAAAGAUGCAGAGGGCAGGUCCAAUACUGGAACAGAACGUUUAGUAGAAUAAUCGUGAUAUAAAAGUUCUAGAAUGUGAUAGAACUUUCUAACCAAUGACAUGUUACUUGAACUGCACUUGCAAUUGAAAUGUACUUGCUGCAAUUAUUGUAAUUUUUUCUUUUUACACACAUUAUUAAGCCAAUAAAAAUCAUCUGUAACUACUUUGUAGACAUUAUAGAGUUAAGCUUAUUAUGGUCUCCUAUUACUAAUUCAUGUAAUAUCAUCCUACAUCAUAACAUCAGUUCAAAACUGUCCUCAUAUCAUCAGCAAACAGAGCAAAGGAUUUAGAAAGGUGUCAUAAAAAUUCAAGAAGUCAAGAGUCAAGUCAGUUCACAUAUAAAUUGUGACUCUACAAAUUACACUGACCACAAGUUGGCAAUAGAACAAUCUGUAACACAAACAGAGUUAUUUCCCAACUUGACAUGCAAUGGAAAUUAUAUAACAGCUGUCGUUUUGUUUGGGAAGCAGGUGAUGAGGUUUGUAUGUAAAUGUUUUCAAUCUGCUUUGUUUUUAUAACUUAUUAAAAAAGUAGUGGUGUCUAAUU